AUGUAUCGAUAUACUUAUUAUAUAUAUUUAUUAAUUCCGUUUUUGAGGGGUUAUCUUUCAUCUCAAAAUCUACUGCAUGGUCCUUAUCAUCCACCGCCUAUUUUUGAAGUUUGCCCAAGUUUAAUAUAUUGCAAAGGUGAUUUACUACGUGCAGUCCAAAUUUCAAAAAUGUUUGGAUCACCUAAAACAUUUGUGGAUAUGCAAAUGAGACGAAAAGAAGCAGUUACAUUCAGUAAUUUUCGUGCAUUGAAUAGUACAUUUAAUGGCGCUAUACCAUUACCAGAACUAAAGAACUUUGUUAAAAACCAUUUCAAAUUCCAUACCCUUGAUAACUGGUUACCACCGGACUUCAGAAAUCAUCCCAAAAUCAUUGAUUAUAUAAAAGAUAACAACUAUAAGGAAUUCGUGUCGGGAAUAAAUCAGAUUUGGAAGAAAUUAGCAAAACAAAUAUCAAUUAAAGUUAAAAUUAAAGGUGGUCGUUACUCAAUGAUAUAUGUACCUAACGGAUUCUUUGUGAACAUGGAAUCUCAAAAUGAAUUUCAUUAUUGGGACGCAUAUUGGAUAAUAAAAGGUGCAUUAAUAUGUGGAAUGCAAACUACCGUAAAAGGGAUUUUAAGCAAUUUUCUUAGCAUUAUUCAGAACUAUGGGUAUGUAUUAUUAGGAAACAGAAUAUACUAUGAAGGAAGAUCACAACCACCACUUCUUACUCAAAUGAUGUCUAUUUAUUAUACAUAUACUAAAGACGAAAAAUUCAUUACUGAUAAUAUUAGUCUCCUAGAUGCGGAAAUGAUGUUUUGGUUAACCUACAGGUCCGUUAAAGUGAAAAGUAAUGGUAAUUCUUAUAUCAUGUCUCAUUAUAUGAGUGAUUUAUUUGAUCCUCGUCCUGAAAUGUAUACUGUUGAUCUACACAUAUCGGAAAAACUGCCUACUAUUCGAGAUCAAGAAGAAUAUUUGUGUAGAGUCAAAGCUGCCUCCGAAUCUGGCUGGGGAUUUUCAAGCAAACAUUUCCACAAUCGGAAUAAUUAUAAUGAUAUAAGAAAGACAUUACUGAAAACUAAUCCGCUGAAUUUUGCAUACGUUGAAUUGAAUUCUAUAAUGCAAUUAAACGCCAAUAUUCUGUCAAAUAUGUAUCUCAUUGCUAAAGAUCAUGAGAACUCAAAGUUUUAUAAGGACCUUGCUCGUCGUUACCAAAUCGGAAUAAACGCAUUAUUAUGGAACGAGGAUGAAAAAAUGUGGUUAGAUUUUGACACAACGACAGCAGAAAGUCGCAAUUAUUUUUAUGCGUCCAACCUAGCACCUCUGUGGACCGGAAGUUAUGAUGAUAAACUAAGUGAAUUUUAUGGCGAUGCAGCAGUGGAGUAUCUAAUAAGAAACCAAAUUAUAAGUGAAGAUUUGACACCACUUUAUUUAUGCGUACCAACAUCUUUGUAUAACACUAAUUUCGACUGGGACUAUAACAACUGUUGGCCACAAUUACAAUCAAUGAUAAUUUUUGGGUUACAAUCAACUAGAAGUGAAAAAGCACAAAAAGUAGCAUUCAAUUUAGCCAGUUCAUGGGUGAACACAAAUUUUGCGGGAUAUAAUAAGACAAAGACUUUGUUCGAAAAGUACAGUGCAAUUAAAUUGGGCAGUAAUGGCGAAGAUAAGGUUGGUGGACUUUAUCCACAAGGAUACGGAGUAACAAUCGGAGUACUACUUGAGAUUUUUCAUGAAUGGGGAGAUAAACUGAAGAGUAAAAAAUAA